AAUUUUUGGCAUUUUUGCAGCUUAACUUGCUAAACUAUUUGCAAAUUUUCGGAGCGAAAAACAAGGAAGGGGAAUAACCUCCCCAAAAAAAAAAAGGAAGCCGCGCAGCCUGGCAACACAAAAAGGGUUGUGUAAAUAUAUAUAUUUAUAUAUAUAUUUCGGCAUUGUUGGUUCAAUAACUCCUGGCAACAUGAGCGUUGUUUGGGACCUGGCCAACUGGACGCCGGCGUGGCGGUUAGACAGUCUUCAACCGACGCGGCGCUCGAGCGGUACAGCGCCCACAAUGUACGGUCGCCAGGCGGGCGGUUCCAAUCAAGCGGGUGCAUCCAAUAGCACCACUAAUAGUGGAGGAAAUAGCGGUACCGGAGGUGGCCAAGGACAUGACAAGAUGAAAAUUGGCUUCUGCACGGAUCUGGAUAAGUCCGUGUUGGUCAAUAACUUCGAGAAGCGGGGAUGGCAUCAGGUGAAUGGCGACGACGACUGGCACUUUUACUGGGCAGGAGUCCAGACUUGCAGGAAUAUCUUCAGCGUGGACAGUGGCUAUCGGAUGCAUGACAAUCAGAUGAUCAAUCACUUUCCCAAUCACUAUGAAUUGUCGCGUAAGGACCUGCUGGUGAAGAAUAUCAAGCGGUAUCGCAAGGACCUCGAAAGGGAUGGCAAUCCUUUGGCCGAGAAAACAGAAUCGAACAACUCGAGUGGCACUAGAUAUCUCUAUUUGGAUUUUGUGCCCACCACAUUUGUCCUGCCAGCUGAUUAUAAUAUGUUUGUCGAGGAGUACAGGAAGUUUCCGCUAAGUACAUGGAUUAUGAAACCCUGUGGAAAGUCCCAGGGAGCUGGUAUAUUCCUUAUUAACAAACUCUCUAAGCUCAAAAAGUGGUCCAGGGAGGCCAAAGGUCCUUUCCAUCCACAAAUCGCCAAGGAAUCGUAUGUAAUAUCCAGGUAUAUCGAUAAUCCCCUGCUAAUUGGUGGCAAAAAGUUUGAUCUACGUCUGUACGUCUUAGUGGCAUCCUUUAGGCCCUUGAAGGCAUAUCUCUUCAAGCAAGGAUUCUGUCGAUUUUGUACGGUUAAAUAUGAUACAAGUGUCACGGAACUGGAUAAUAUGUACGUUCAUCUGACCAAUGUGAGUGUGCAGAAACAUGGCGGCGAAUAUAAUACCCUGCAUGGUGGGAAAUGGUCUGUCCAGAAUCUGGCUCUAUAUCUGGAGGGAACCCGGGGAAAGGAGGUCACAGAUCGCCUCUUUGGUGCUAUAUCCUGGCUUAUAGUCCAUUCCCUGAGAGCAGUGGCUCCAGUGAUGGCCAGUGAUAGGCAUUGCUUCGAAUGCUAUGGCUAUGAUAUCAUUAUAGAUAAUGCCCUGAAACCCUGGUUGGUAGAAGUCAAUGCCUCGCCUUCGCUAACUUCAACUACUGUCAACGAUCGCAUCCUGAAGUAUAAGCUUAUUGAUAAUAUCUUAUCGGUUGUUUUGCCUCCGGAUGGAGUACCGGAUGUGCGUUGGAAUAAGGUACCCAGUGCCGAUGCCUUGGGUAAUUUUGAAUUACUCAUCGACGAGGAACUGGCCGCCCAGGAUGAACAGCAUCAGAAUAGCAGCAAUAAUGCCCACAGCAAGACCUCAAAGAUGGGCAGCCGCUGGAAGUGACGAAAAUAGUUACGGGGAAAGGGAAUACUUGGGACUCGACAUUAAUCCAAAUCCGAAAAUAGCAAUGUAAAACAAAUUGUCACAAUAUGAUUAAAGAAUUUAAAAUUGUGCCUA